UCCACUCUGCUUUUCUUCGAAAUAUCAGUGACAGUCAAUGAGGCAUGGUCUAUGGAAAGGAAUAUGGCUAACCUCUGCGGAGCCGAUAUCAUAUCACACUCUCCACUUCCUAGUUCCAGGUUGAUGAGUAGAGUGCAGAUCUCAAUAAAGAGGAGUUCAACGGCCUUAAUCAUAGAGUUUUUAAUAUAAUGUGACAGUUCGCUUCUUGUCCUUUCAACUGUUGCCAUUCGUAUUCUAAAGGAUAUCACCUGCAUGGAUACAAUAUAUAAUGGACAGGUAUGGGCUGCACCAGGUUUGAGCUCCUUCUUCUGCCUUCACCAAAAGAUGGCUGCCCGCAAGGCUCCAAAUGUUAGGCAGGAAAUAGCCACUAAAAGCCACAUUUGUAGCAUUUAGGUGUUUACUGCUUUUCCUGAGAACAUCUAGUUUUUUAGUUGUAAAGGAACACAGUACACUUCCUACAUGAGCCAAAGCAUUGAAGGACUUGAGACUCGGUACCAUUAUGGACAUACAUAUAAUUGUGUUUAAUUUUUUCUAGUUGGUAGAUUACCGCAUUCAACAGUUGACCAGAUUCAUGUUCUUCAUGGAUCUUUACGCUGCGAUUUGUUAUCCUUAAAUAUUUUUAGAGUUACAGGGAUGGACAUGGCCUCCUCUAUUGUUAUGCUUUAUUGCAGAGGACCAACAGGUUUUCAGUGUCAUACCGCACAAGUUCCGUAGCAAGAGCCUUGCUCCUGCUCCCAUCCCAUUUGAUCUUUUUUUUUUGUAUCCAUCCCCCCCCCCCCCCCCCCCCGCAUUGUGGUGGUGGAGUUCACAAGCCACCGUUAGCAUUGUCCCACCUUCCAUUGACAUCCAUUCUUUUCAUUUUUUUUAAAAGGAAAGAAAAAUACCCUGUUCUUUUCACCAAAACUGUGGUGCGCAAAUUUUCCCUACAUCUAGUGUAGCAACUGACACAUCAAGCCAAUCACUGUGUCAUUGGGAUGAUUGAAGUAUUACUGAAUUGCUGCCUUCUAGCAGCUUAAGCACGUUCGAUUGUUUUGUUACUAUCGCAGCCAUACAUUUUCUUCAGGCAAGAGUUCCGAUCUCAAAAGCAUCUAAUAAGUGAGGAAUCAGGACAAGAACCAUCAUGGCAGCUAGUCACCCGACUCUUGUACUGUACUAGAAAUUUCAGUGUCUGUAUGGGGCAGUCUUCAACGGGUCUUUGGCCUAUAAAAUACAGAAGAAGCAUGUGGCUGUGUUGAAAAGAGCGAGACUCUUGUGAACUUCCAGGAGUAGGGUUGUUACCAAUAUAGAAUAUGGAGCGGGCGGGUGAGAUGGGAGAUAUUGGACGAGAAGCUCUCCAUGAAGGUGUGCUUCAGAGUGGCAGUGACAUUGGAGAACACAAAGACAAAACUGUUGAUUGCGAAAAAGAUGAGCAAUUCCAGCCAAAAUGGAGGAAGUUCUUGGCUCAUGUUGGACCUGGAGCUCUUGUGGCCAUUGGCUUCCUGGAUCCUAGCAACUUGGAAACUGAUAUGCAAGCUGGGGCUGACUUCAAAUAUGAGCUCCUUUGGGUGGUCUUAGUUGGAAUGAUCUUUGCACUUUUCAUCCAAACACUAGCUGCCAACCUUGGAGUGAAGACAGGGAAGCAUCUUGCUGAACUCUGCAGGGAAGAGUACCCACGUUUCGUCAACAUUUGCUUGUGGAUCAUCGCCGAGCUUGCAGUGAUAUCUGAUGAUAUCCCUGAAGUGUUGGGCACAGCCUUUGCAUUCAAUAUACUGCUCAAGAUUCCAGUGUGGGCUGGAGUUAUCCUCACAGUAUUCAGCACCCUCUUGCUCCUUGGGGUGCAGAGAUUUGGGGCCCGCAAACUGGAGUUCAUUAUAGCUGCUUUCAUGUUUACCAUGGCGGCUUGCUUCUUCGGAGAAUUGAGCUACCUGAGGCCAUCAGCAAAAGAGGUCGUCAAGGGCAUGUUUGUUCCCUCGCUCCAGGGAAAGGAAGCUGCUGCUAACGCAAUUGCGCUCUUUGGCGCUAUCAUCACACCGUACAACUUGUUCUUGCACUCUGCCCUCGUCCUCUCAAGAAAGACCCCACGUUCAGUUAAAAGCAUCAGAGCUGCUUGCAGAUACUUCCUUAUCGAGUGUAGCCUCGCGUUCAUAGUGGCAUUCCUCAUCAAUGUUUCGGUGGUGGUUGUCGCGGGAAGCAUCUGCAAUGCAAACAAUCUUUCACCAGUGGAUGCAAAUACGUGCAGUGACCUUACUCUGCAGUCCACACCUAUGUUGCUCAGGAAUAUUUUGGGGAGAUCAAGCUCAGUGGUGUAUGCUGUUGCACUGCUAGCUUCUGGGCAGAGCACAACGAUUAGCUGCACAUUCGCAGGGCAGGUUAUCAUGCAGGGGUUUCUGGACAUGAAGAUGAAGAACUGGGUACGGAACCUCAUCACACGAGUCAUCGCCAUUGGUCCGAGCCUCAUUGUAUCCAUUGUCAGCGGUCCAAAAGGUGCUGGAAAGCUGAUCAUCAUCUCAUCGAUGGUGCUGUCGUUUGAGAUGCCGUUCGCACUCAUCCCUCUCCUCAAAUUCUGCAACAGCAGCAAGAAAGUCGGGCCUCUCAAGGAAUCCAUCUACACGGUGGUGAUUGCGUGGAUCCUGAGCUUCGCGCUCAUCGUGGUCAACACCUACUUCCUGGUGUGGACCUACGUGGAUUGGCUGGUGCACAACCACCUCCCCAAGUACGCCAACGCGCUCAUCUCCAUCGUCGUCUCCGCGUUCACGGCCGCCUACCUGGUCUUCGUCGUCUACCUGACGGUCAGGAGGGACAGGGUGUCCACGUACGUGCCGGUGUCGGAGCGGGCGCAGGGGCAGGUGGAGUCUGGCGGGGCGCAGGCCGUGGCGUCCGCCGCCGACGCCGACCAGCCGGCGCCGUUCAGGAAGGACCUGGCUGAUGCUUCCACGUAGAUGCCUCAUUCAUGUGUGAUUGUCAGAUUGAUGAUAACCAGCUCCAUGUAGGGGGUUCCAUGCUGAUGCUGCGUACUCAUUGUACUGGAUGUUAUGGCUGAUAUGUGAUAUGUCGAUUGCUGUCUAGCUACAGAGCUGGUUGUCUAGCUUGUGCUCGUGUGAUUUUGAUUUGUUUA